AUGGAAAGUGUCUUUCGACAUGUAUCUGCUGCGUCUUUCGCUAGACGUCGUCUUCCAGUGGUGAUGAGAAAUAUUGGAAUGGUGGAAAAUAUACGUACUGCAAGUGACUUUGUGGAACAAGGUCAUGUGCGUAUUGGGCCAAAACUGAUAACAGAUCCGGCCUUCAUGGUGACUCGGGCUCAGGAAGACGCGAUUACUUGGACGAACGCAAGCAAGAUUAAGAGACACGUGCUCGACUACAAUAAUGCCCGUGAUGAUUUUGAUCUAGCAUAA